UCCUCAGUAAUGUUGCCGAUUCUCGGGUGGAUCUUUGUCCCCAUCUACAUCAAGUCGGGGGAUGAGUGUUUGGUGCAUUCAGGACACUAAGGUGGAGAUGCCCAGCCGGCAGUGGGAAAGUGAGGUGAUGACGAUGCCGGAAUAUCUCAAGAAGCGGUUUGGUGGGGAGCGACUCCAGGUCUACCUCUCCAUCCUCUCCCUCUUCGUCUGUGUGGUUUUGUUAAUUUCUUCAGACAUGUUCGCUGGCGCUAUAUUCAUCAAGCUGGCCUUGGGAUUGGACCUUUACCUGGCAAUCUUCAUCCUCUUGGCUAUGACUGCUGUUUACACCAUCACUGGGGGGUUGGCCUCGGUGAUUUACACAGACACCCUCCAGACCAUCAUCAUGCUGAUUGGCUCUUUUAUUCUCAUGGGGUUUGCAUUUAACGAAGUUGGAGGUUACGAGAGCUUUACCGAGAAGUACAUGAAUGCCAUCCCGUCCGUAGUCGAGGGGGACAACUUGACAAUCAGUGCCAGCUGCUACACACCUCGGGAGGACUCCUUCCACAUCUUCCGAGAUCCUGUGACUGGGGACAUUCCAUGGCCCGGAAUUAUAUUUGGAAUGCCCAUUACAGCUUUGUGGUACUGGUGCACAAAUCAGGUCAUCGUGCAGCGCUGCCUGAGUGGCAAGGACAUGUCUCAGGUGAAGGCUGCUUGCUUCAUGUGUGCUUACCUGAAGCUGCUGCCCAUGUUCCUCAUGGUGAUGCCAGGGAUGAUCAGCCGCAUCCUGUACACAGAUAAGGUAGCAUGUGUGGUACCUUCUGAAUGCGUGAAACACUGUGGCGUUGAUGUCGGCUGCACUAACUAUGCAUACCCAACGAUGGUGCUGGAACUGAUGCCCCAAGGACUGCGAGGCCUGAUGCUUUCGGUCAUGCUGGCCUCUCUCAUGAGCUCCCUGACCUCCAUCUUCAACAGCGCCAGCACCCUCUUCGCUAUUGACCUCUACACCAAGGUGCGAAAGCAAGCGUCGGAGAAAGAGAUCCUGAUAGCUGGACGAAUAUUUGUUCUUCUAUUAACUGUUGUGAGCAUUGUGUGGGUCCCAUUGGUACAAGUGUCUCAAAAUGGACAACUAAUCCAUUACACAGAAUCAAUUUCUAGCUACCUUGGACCUCCAAUUGCAGCUGUCUUUGUGCUUGCCAUCUUCUGUAAAAGAGUCAAUGAACAGGGAGCAUUCUGGGGUCUAAGGGUCGGACUUGCCAUGGGCCUCAUUCGUAUGAUAACAGAGUUUGUUUAUGGAACAGCGAGUUGCUUGGCUCCAAGUACCUGUCCCAAGAUUAUCUGUGGAGUGCACUAUCUCUACUUUUCCAUCAUUCUCUUUUUUGGGUCCAUGCUGGUCGUCCUGGGAAUUUCCCUCUUAACAAAACCGAUUCCUGAUGUACAUCUGUACCGCCUGUGCUGGGUUCUUCGGAACAGUACAGAGGAGCGAAUCGAUAUAGAUGCAGAAGAGAAAAGUCAGGAAGAAACAGAUGAUGGUGUUGAAGAAGAUUAUCCUGAGCAAUCACGUGGAUGCCUCAAGAAAGCUUAUGACUUGUUCUGCGGUUUGCAGAAGGGACCCAAGCUAACCAAGGAGGAAGAGGAAGCCUUGAGAAAGAAGCUCACAGACACAUCUGAGAGGCCCUUGUGGAGGACAAUAGUGAACAUCAACGCCAUCCUCCUCCUGGCUGUGGUGGUCUUUAUUCAUGGCUACUAUGCCUGAACUGUAUCUGAGCCAUUGGAAUAAUGAAUAAUUCUUAAUAAUGAACCAAAGGAUAAGUUGAGUGAUUUUCAUUUUAUAGUGUGUUGUGUGGCAAAAAAAAUCAGCAGUUGGUAAUUUUAUCCAAUGAGAUGACUACAGACUUGAUAUUUUGCUUUUGUUGUUCCUUUGUGUCACUAAGAGUUGAUAUAAAACUGUGAAGUGACCUCUACGUGUGUAAACAAGGCACACAGGUCUAAAUUUUAUUUUUCCAGCUUUAUUGAGGUAUAGUAAACAAAUGAAAAUUGUUUAUAUUUA